CAUUCACUUCUGUCAUUGUAUUUGGUGCUGAAACAUCACCUACCAGUUACAGCUUAUUGCUAAAAUGGUGAGGACUAAAGCCGACAGUGUUCCCGCAUCAUACCGAAAAGCUGUUGCAGCUUCUGCUCCCAGGAAGUCUCUGGGCUCCAGUUCAGCGAACUCCUCCUCCUGCAGUAGCCAGUCCUCGACACCUGCCAAGAACAAAUAUGCUGGUGGUAACCCAGUGUGUCCUCGUCCCACCCCGACCUGGCAGAAGGGCAUCGGGGACUUCUUCGGUGGUCCCCCCAGGAAGCCAGAGAAGGAGAACCAGAGACCCCAGGAGGUUGAGGAUGACGAGGAGGCCGGAGGCAGCGGGAUGUCAAAGGCCAGCAGGAAGUCCAGACCGCUGCCUGCUGAGGAGGAGGAGGAGGAUGAUUGAAGAUGAUGAAUGGCUCUGUUUGCUGCCUCCACUCAUGCUCAGGGGCAUUUAAAUGUACAUCUGUAUAUAAUUUCUGCAGGAUUCACUUUGUAUAGCUCAUUAAACUUGUUUUUUUUAAUGUUUUUAA